GUCUCUGCUCGGCUACCCAGGACGAUAGCAAACAACUUCUGCCCAUUAAUGAUGGAUAACAAGCCAGAGGAAUGUUCAGUGUGUUUUAACAGUUAUGAUGACAAUCAGCUACGGCCUCGCACACUGCCGUGCGGCCACACAUUCUGCUCCCAGUGUAUUGACAAUGCUAUCAAGAAUGGGCAGCUGACCUGCCCCAGCUGCCGUGCCAAGCACGCUGCCACAGCUGCUACUCAAUUCCCAAUUAAUUAUGGUAUGGAGGCCCUUAUCAGAAAACUAAAAGGUAUCGAGGUUGUACCAGGAAAACCCAUUAAAGCUCCUGCAAGAGGAAUCAGCAAGAAGUUACAUUCCCUGGUGCAGGAGCAGAAGAGCAUCAUCAGCAGCCUCAUUACUAGCUGUGAAGAGGUACUGUCCCAGCUGGGGGAGUAUCGGGGGCAGCUGGGGGACUGGAAGACUCAACACCUCCAGCUCCUGGACAGACUCUAUGCUCUGGUAGUGCAGAACAAGUCAGCAAUGAAGCUCUUGGAACUGGAGGAUACCAGUGUGGUGGAUAUGACAACACAAGGAGAGGAAGGGAAGACUCAGCUGCAGGCCAUGUUGGGGAGCCUCGACACAGUCAGCACAGCACAGGAAGUAUUCAUGACCAUCAAUGAAGUUGACCAAUGCAACAUGGAGGUAGAAAAUUGGCUCCAGAAGUGCCAGGAACUCUUCCCAGAUGUCAAGACUGUCCAAACCUCAGUGAAGGUGCAGGAGACCAUCAGGGAGGCCCUGGAGAUGACGACCACGGGGACAGGUGCCACAGCUGACCCCACACACCUGGGAGACUCAGCCUCCAGCAUCAUGAAUAAAGUUCAGGAAAUCACUGGAGAGAUCCCCCAGAAGCAAUUAACAGUUGAGGACCUCCGCAGGAUGAGGGAGCCCGUCAAGAGGCUGGUGGAGGCUGGCCGGGUGUUGGCCGUCCAGGAAGACCAAGAUGGCCGCCGCUCAGCCAGGAUAACUCUACAAGACGGACAGCUGUACCUCCACUCACUCCUGCGUCAGCCCACGCCCGCCCACGCCCACACCCUCCAGGAGAGUGAGGUUGUGGGCGUGCUGGACCCCUCCUGCACCCUGGCGUUCUUUGACCUCGGGUGGGCGGGGUCAACAAGAGGGCGGGUCACCAUCCGGCUGACCCCUGACACUCCGCUGGCCAGACAGUUUGUGUUGUUGUGUACGGGCCAGCGGGGCCACACCUACCGCAACACUAAACUGUUGGAGGUGUUGGGCAAGGGUAGGCCGGGAAAGUGUGUGGUGGGCGGAGACUACGAGAGUAAUGAUGGUGAGGGAGGAGCCCCACUGCUGCCUGACCUCCAGGGGCAGUACCGGGAGUCAGACCAGGCAGGAGCUGUGUUCGCCUGGGGUGGGCCGCGGGGUCCCAGGUGUGCCCAGUUCGGCAUCAUCACCAGGGACCUGGAUGGUUACCAGUUGCGAAAUGUCUUCGGUGAUGUAGUGAGCGGCCUGGAUGUGGUGAGGGCACCAGUCAACCACAGUGAUAUUACGGGGGUGACUGUGGUGGACUGUGGUGUUGUGCUGCCACUCUAGUUCACUGUACCACCACCAUCACUACUGUGGUGUUGUGCUGCCACUCUAGUUCAUUGUACCACCACCAUCACUACUGUGGUGUU